AGAGGAGAGGGGAGGGGGACAAACAUGGCCGACGAGUCGGGGGAAGUAAACACAGCUGUUGAGGAUGAAGAAGCAAAACAACAGCAAGAUGAAACCAAAGUUUCGGACGUGGCUACGGACGAAGAGUCUGUCGGCAGUAACGACGAGGACACGCCGGAGAGGUCGGCUCAGGCGGCCGCAGAGAACAGCUGGUCGGCUCCCAUCCUGUCGCUCGCUCGGAGGGCCACGGAGACGAUUAGCAGCGGCGUGAGCUACGCUGCUGCCCACAGAAAUGCCUCACAGGGCUCCGCUGCGAGCUCUCCCACUGAAAGAGAGCCCGAACAUGAUGUCAACAACACUUCAGAGAAGCUUCCAGUUCUGCCUGCUAACGACCCCAUGGCAAUAGAGAGAUCCAACCUGCUCAGCAUGUUGAAGUUGAGCAUCAAAGUAUUAAUUCAGUCCUCCUUGAAUCUGGGAAGGACGCUGGACUCCGAUUACCCUCCUCUGCAGCAGUUCUUUAUUGUCCUAGAGCAUUGCCUAAAACAUGGUCUGAAAGCCAAGAAAUCCUUCAUCGGUCAGAACAAGUCUGUAUGGGGACCUCUGGAGCUGGUGGAGAAGUUGUGUCCAGACUCUGCUAACAUUGCCACAAGUGCCAGAGACCUGCCGGGCAUUAAGACUGGUUUGGGGAGAGCAAGGGCUUGGCUGCACUUAGCACUAAUGCAAAAGACAGUCGCAGACUAUAUGAAAGCUUUGCUGGACCGCAAAGAUCUCCUGAGUGAGUUUUAUGACUCUGGAGCAUUGAUGGUGGAGGAGGAAGGGGCGGUGAUGGGGGGACUCCUGGUGGGUCUUAACGUAAUUGACGCUAACCUCUGCAUUAAAGGGGAGGAUCUUGAUUCUCAGGUGGGAGUCAUCGACUUUUCUCUCUAUCUAAAAGAUCCAGCCAACAGUGAGACUCCAAAAGAUGAUGGUAAGAUGACAGCCAUAUUAGACCAGAAGCACUACAUUGAGGAGUUAAAUCGACACCUAAGCGGCACCGUCACUGACCUUCAGGCUAAGAUGGACUCUCUGGAGAAGACCAACAGCAAACUUGUUGAGGAGCUGACAGCUGCAACAGACCGGAUCAACUCACUGCGGGAGGAACAGGAAGACCUAAGACAGAAGAAUGAGACGAUCCUGCAGUCCAGCCAGAAAAAGGAAGAGGCCGCCCUUCAGGACAGCCAGGUGGAGCUAGAGACAUACAAACAGACUCGACAGGGCCUGGAUGAGAUGUAUAACGUUGUCUGGAAGCAGUAUAAAGAGGAAAAGCGCAUCCGCCAGGAGCUAGAACGUGAGUUGGAGCUCCAGGUGGUUCUGAAGAAGGAGAUGGAGAUGGCCAUGAAGCUGCUGGAGAAGGACUCCCAUGAGAAACAGGACACGCUGGCAGCCCUGCGCCUCCAACUUGACCAAGUCAAGACUCUUAAUGUGCAAAUGUUCCACAAAGCUCAGGACUCGCAACGGGAGGCAGAAAAGAAGCAGGCGGAGGCCGUGCAGCUGGAGCAGAAGAUGGAUGAGAUGGAGAAAGCCAUGAAGGAACUAGAGCUGAGACUACAGAACUCAGAGCGACAGCGUAAAGAAAGUGAUCAAUCAGACAAAGACAUGAAGGUGGAGCUGGAAGAGAAAGUGGAUGGUCUGCAGAAACAGCUGACUGACCUGGAUACACAGAGGCUGGGUUUGGAGAAUGAACUGCGCUCAGAGAGGGAACAGAGACAAAGCCUGCAGAAAGCUCUGCAGCGGGAGCAGGACAACAGCAUCGAGCUCCGCACACAGCUGCAACAACUCCAGGGCCUUCACACGGAGCUGCAGGAUUUGAAGCAGGAAAAGCAGCAGCUGCAGCAGAUAUGUGAGCAGCAGGAGCAGGCUCUGCAAGAGAUGGGGCUUCACCUCAGCCAGUCCAAACUCAAGAUGGAGGACUUUAAAGAGGUCAACAAAGCUCUGAAGGGCCAUGCCUGGCUGAAAGAUGAUGAGGCCACUCAAUGCAAGCAAUGCCAGAAAGAAUUUUCCAUUGCACGCAGAAAGCAUCACUGCAGGAACUGUGGAGACAUCUACUGCAACCACUGUUCCGGUAAUGAGAUGGCCUUACCCUCCUACCCUCGGCCAGUGCGGGUGUGCGAUAUGUGCCACACCCUCCUGAUGCAGAGAAUCCCCCCCACAAGUUCCUGACACAACACCUACAAGAGCUUUUUUUAAACAUGGCACAUAACCAUCCACCAUGACUUCUAACUACCAUGUUAAAUAUAGGAAUGACAUCAAAUCUUCUCUAGAGAAACGUGAUUUGGUGUUCCAUUUUUUUUUUUUUGUGUUCCCUGAAAUUCAGGAACAUGUAUUGUUAUUUAACAGGGGCCACCUUUAACUCUGAUGGGAUGUGCUAACAUACUUAAUGCAGACUGUUAAGUGUAGGAUCUCUACUCGAGCAUUGUUCCUUUGAGCUGGAAUUUCAUCAGUUUGACACUUACCGGUACUAAUUUUCAUAAUUCAAACAACAUGUGUAGCUUAUGUCAAGGUCACACCAAGGUCAAUGUUGGUGUUCAGCUUUUUGUUGUGGAUCAUUUGUGUAGCUGGUUAGAUGUAACACAUGUACUUCACUUGAUUGAUCAACUUGUCAAGCAUCUGCUCUGUAAUUUUAGCAGCUGUGGCCCCACUGCUGGAUACAUGCAAACCUAUGUAAAUGACUGUAGAAUGUUAACAAAUCAAACUAUUUUAGAAUGUAUUAUUAUUAACACUGUUUUGUGGGUUGUGGUAUUUGCAACAAAGCCAUUUUCUGAAUUUGGGAAUGGUGACCAAAAGUUUUAUAUCUAGAUAUUUGAUAAAUGAAUAAAAGCGCCUGUUUCUCAAA